GAAAUGAUCGGUUUGAUCGCUCAAAGGUAAACUCUCUCUCUCUCUCUCUGUUCAAUUGCACAAAGCAGAGCGGCGGAAGAUCGAAGCCAAUCUGCAUCUUUCGGUUGGUGGCAAGGGUGAUCGGCGAUGAAGAAGCGACCGUUGGACCGAACGAAGGUGGUUUGGCGUCACUUGCCACCCUCGAUCACGCAGGCAUUUCUGACCGAGCAAAUCGACAAUGUCUUCUCCGGGCGGUACGACUGGGUCUCUUUCUGUCCUGGCAAGAGCAGCCAGAAGCGCCAUACUCUUUCUAGAGCCUACAUCAAGUUCAAGAGGCUGGAGGAUGUUACUGAAUUUGCGGGGUUCUUUAAUGGGCACGUGUUUGUCAACGAGAAGGGUGCUCAAUUUAAAACAAUUGUUGAGUAUGCUCCUUUUCAACGUGUUCCGGCUCAACGUUUAAGGAAAGAUAGUCGUGAAGGGACCCUAAUUACAGAUCCUGAGUAUAUCGAAUUCCUCAAAUUUUUGGUAAAGCCUGUUGAGAAUCUUCCCAGUGUGGAGAUACAGCUGGAGAGAAGAGAGGCAGAGAGAUCCGGUGCUGCAGAAGGUGUUCCUAUUGUUACGACGCCUCUAAUGGAUUAUGUUCGUCGGAAAAGAGCUUCUAAGAGGUCAAGGACAAGAGGCAAAUUGAAGAAAAAAACUGGGAAAUCAUCAGAUGAAACUAGGCCUUCAUUAUCAUCUAAACUCAAUGCUGAAAAGAGAAGGACUUCCACAACAACGGGUGCUCUGACUGACGUGGCAAGUAAUAGUUGCAGCAUAGAGAAAGCAACUUGCAAUUGUAUUGCAAAAGUAGAGAAGUUACAGCUUUGUAACAAAUCUAAUACCAUGGGGCCCACGUUUCGAGCUGAACUCUUGGGUGGCGACAGUGGUAUGGCUAGGACAGUGAAUUUGUUCUUUGAGCGAUGGCUAUGGAGUAUCUGGUUUUGGCAACUCAAGGAACAAAAAAAUCCAGCGUUCAAAAAUAAGUUAUUCGGUGGUAUGUCACCGCGGCUAUUCCAAGAAAAACACAUGACAGUUCCAUCGGCUGAUAAGCAUGAUCACCGAAGUGAAAAACGUAAUCUUGUAAACCAGGAUGUGUGUGGAUAUCUGCCUGAGAUUCAUCUAGGAAAUGAAAAAGAAAAGCCACCUGGGGCCACACCUGUACAACCAUCUGUAAAAGAUGCAAACAUUGCCUUUGAUGUGGUUGUUGGGAAUGACUUACUUGAUUUGGGAGAUGAGAAACUGGAAACCCCAGUAAGGUAGAAGGAUCAUGUCAUUAGACCUGACCUGACCAUGUUGUAAGACCUCUCUGCUUUGUCAAUGGAAGGGAUCAAAUGCAAAUGAUGAGGCUCUAUCUCGGCAUUAAUAUCUGCUAAGUGUCCCUUAGAGUCUUCAGAUGCAGGCAAUGCAGAUCCUCUACAAGAGUGAGAAGUAGAGGCAGCAGUCAAGUCUUCUGUAAAAUGGUUGGUUUGUGUUUGGGGAUCUCAAUUACUUUCAGUCAAUAUUUUGUUUCAUAUGCUUUUGGUGCAGUUAUCGUUGUCAAACCCUACUAGAAAGGAAUGGAUGCCAAACGCGAAUAUGGUCGGCAAUUUAUGUUUCCCUUUGACAAUCUUCAUUUGUGUCACGAAUUUUAUAUGUUUAUCUGUCAUAUCGUAACUUUAAAACUUAA